UAGUGAGCUAGCGCGAGGCUGAGUGGUGCGCUAUAUAGAGGAAGCGCGAGGCCGUUAGUGAUUGAGGAGAACAGACGGCAGGACAAACACUAUCUGAAGUAACCAUGGCAAAAGGCGAUCCAGGGAAGCCCAAAGGCAAGAUGUCUGCCUAUGCUUAUUUUGUGAAGACAUGUCGUGAAGAACACAACAAGAAGAAUCCUGGCGUCACUGUUAACUUCUCAGAAUUUUCCAAAAAGUGCUCUGAGAGAUGGAAAACUAUGUCACCAAAAGAGAAGACCAAAUUUGAAGACCUGGCCAAACAGGACAAGGCCCGUUAUGACCAGGAAAUGACGCACUACAAUCCAGGAAAGAAGAGUAGGAAGCAGAAGAAAGACCCCAAUGCUCCAAAGAGGCCACCGUCUGGAUUUUUCCUGUUCUGUGGUGAACAAAGGCCUGGUAUCAAGGCCCAGAACCCCAGCCUGGGCAUUGGUGAUGUAGCCAAGAGGCUGGGUGAGAUGUGGAACAAUUUGUCUGAUUCAGAGAAGCAGCCCUUCCUGUCCAAGGCCAAUAAACUCAAGGACAAGUAUCAGAAGGACAUGGCAGAUUACAAAGGAAAGGGCAAAGGAAGUGGAGGAGCAUCAUCUGCCAAAUCCAAACCCAAAGAUGAUGAUGAUGACGAUGAUGAUGACGAAGAAGAGGAGGAGGAAGAUGAGGAUGAUGAUGAUGAGGACGACUAAAGAACUUUGUCUCCUAAUUGGGCAGUAAGAAUUGUUUUUGUUCGCUGCCAAAUUAGUUUCAGUUGAGUCUGGGUCUAACAACAGCCUUGACAACAAGACCUAUACGCUGAUCACCAGUAGAUCUGCCCAAUGCAUGCAAGCUCUGACUUUAGACAACCAAACACUCUCGAAAUGCUGGGUUUGCUGGUGGUCCUGUUAAAGCUUGCUAUUAAACUGUUGGCUAAAUAUUUCCACGCCGUUCAACAAUAAAUAUAAGUGGUAGCAGUACAUACUCUUUUAAAUCUAUUUAAGGUGGCGUGUUUCUGUAUGGCUGUUGAAUACGUUCUUUUUAUUUUUCCUAAUCUCCCAGCUUUCAAAAUACAGUUUGUGAAUAGACUUCAGAUUUCUUUGCCCUGUUUGGCCCCAUAAGCUUCCUGCAUUGACAUGGAUGUUUGUGGCUUUUGGUUUAUAUAUUAUUUGUGUAAUUUUGAAUGAUUACAUUGAUCAUUUUAUGUGUGGAGACUCUGACAUUUUGACUUUAACCAGAGUGAUCUACUUUAGAUGGGAGAACUCUUAUUUGCACUUUUUUUUUUUAAUGUAUAGGUGACACUGUGAUUUGAAAUAAAUGUGGCAUUUUUAGAUCUCAAAAUGAUUCUAGUGACUUUCUUAUCUGUGAUCAGCACAAAGUUUGUUUGUGUGGAUCAAACUGGUAUUUAAUAACUUUGUUUCUCAUCUUAUCAAAAAAGGAUAUGGAUGGUUAAAUGUUAAUGAGCAUUUAUGGUGGUUGCACCAUAGACAUUCUGGUCUGUAUGCAAUGACGUCUUGAGUUUUCUCUAGAUGUCAAUAUAGGGCUUUUAUUGCAAAAGCUUUUAAAUGUGCACAUUUACAGAGACCUCUGUGUACAGUACUGGUGGCAGUUAUUCAUCCAUCGAUCUAGCCCAAGGAAAGACGUUUGGGUGGACCAGUUGUCAACGUGGGACAAUAUUAAUUGGAUAUUUAAGUUCUCUAUGAUUUCAAGUUUGUCCUGAGCCCGAUACAAAAACCAAGGUGCUAGAAAUGAAGUUUCAGUGAAGGGGAUGGCAAAUUUGGAAACCAGACAUUAAAAUGUUAAGAUGGGGGGGGGGGGGAAAGUUAUUAGGGUAAAGAAGUUCAAGAAUAGAAAAAUUAACUAACUUUAAGCUAGAAAUUUAAUUAGAAAAUGUUAAUUAAUUUAUUUAGAAUUUUGUGAAUCUGGCCUCAGGUGUGCAAUCAAAGCAUCGAUUUAAGCUACAUAUUUAAAAGAUUUUUCAGGCCAGAAUUGGUGUAUUGAGAUUUCGCACAACUGUGGAGUUAAAUCUUCAACACUGAUUUAACUUUUUUUUUUUUUUUUCCAAAUUCAAUGUUAAACUCUGUAAGCAGCAUAAUUGUUUAUCAUGAAAAUGACUUGUUUAUUUAAAAGGCCAAGUAAAUGGGCCAGACCAUAAAAAUUAAGCAGGAAGUUUGUUUGGGGGAAACGAGAGUACAUUUUAAAAUCUGAAUAUUUUUGUUUUCAUGGAACCUUUUUAUAGCUUUGUUUUGAUCACUGUCUUGUCUAUUUGUAAAAUUUAUUUGUUUUCCUGUAUUGUCAUGAAUUACUCUCGCUCCUGUGAGCAAUGUUGGUGUUCCAACCAAUAGAUCCACUAAUGGCAGUGUAUGUGUGUCACAAAAUUCAGAUUAAAUAUUUACAUUUAAAACCCUCCAUUACAUGUUGG